AUGCCUCUUCCAACAUCAUCUGUGCGUCACAUGGUUUUCACAUCGAACCCAGGUUGCCUCUACAGCGCCGACGAUUUCUACAACACCGAUGCCGGGUUGACGGUGAUCGAGACAACGAUCACCAACUAUAAUGCUUCCAGUUGGAGCUUGGUUGUGCCGCAGAGCAUUAUGACGUGGGGCAGGGCAAUGGUCGCGACGCGUCUGUCUACGUCAGGAGAAGAGUGGACUGAGCAUUUUCAGCGCUACUCCAGCGGCACUUGCAAUAACCAGUGGAUCAUCGUUGACUACAAGCGGUUCCGACCAGGAGAACGGCCCAAGAGCGGAGAUGGGCUCCUGUGGAUUGCCGAGGCGUUCCCUGGAUACACCAGGCGCGCUGACAUGACAAGUGUCCUGCUCAGCCAGGGGUCCUGGCCCAGCUACAACAUCCCCUACUUCGAGGACGUGCGCCGUGUUGGCGGAUACUUCGCCAUGCAGGAGCGACACCCACUGCACGCGGACGACUACAGUUUCGAGCGAGACUCGCGAGCCAGAAUGUUCGCCCGGGCCAGGGAGGCUGGCGACAUCACUUCCCUGGAUUCCUUCGCGCACCUGAUGCGCUACAACGGUGACCACGACCGACUCGAGAAUGGCGACCGUUGCAAUGCGAUCAGCGCGCGGUGCGACCUGAAUCCCGUGGGGCACGGCUACGAUUGCUUCGGCGCCAUCGACACGAAGGUCUCGCGAUGGAGGCGGGACGUGACCUGUCCUUCAUGGGCGUGCUGUCCCCCGCCCACCACGGCGCCGGGAGCCGCUCGCCGCCCUUCGCCUGGAGCGCGCAGGCCAGCGGCGUGGACGGGUGCCGGCCGUCCCAGCACGUGGGGCACCCCGACGUGUCCGGCGCUGGUACUCCUUCCCGGGGCGCUGGGCGCCGCGCCGCCGCCGCGCCCAGCCGCGGGCGCGGGGGGCCGGCGAAGGGCGCUGGUCCUUCGCGGCCCUGCAGCCUGGAGGCGGCGCCGCGCGGGCGGGGUCGGCCGCGGGCUGCCUCGCCCUCGCCGCGCUCGCGGCGGGCGCCGCGCGCGCGCUGUGGAGCGGCGCGGCGUGGGGCGCGCGGGCUCCACCGGGCAGCGGGCGACAGGACGGGUGGCCAUACGCGCUGCUGGCCGCGUGAGGCGCGCGGGGCGGUCGCAUGUCGACCUCCGACGCCGCCAAGCAGCAAGACUCAGCGAAUUCGUCUCGAUGCAGGUGGCCGCUGUUGGCAUCGCUUCUCUGCCCGAGCAGAGGGUUUCAAGCGCUUCUGCCCUGGCCGCCGACCUCUCGCACGCUCCGUUCCGCGGCGAGGGGUAAAGAAGCAGUGGUGAGGGUUUCUGAA